UAUUAGCCGCGUCGCAGAAAUUUCACUUUUUACCGACUGGGACCGUCUGCGAGCUGUCUACCCAGACAUGGAUCUCUAAUACCAAUCGACUAUAAUGAGAAUUCACCAACUCAGACGGACUAUAUCCCUUUCUAUAUCCAAUUAUAAGCACAAAAUAUCAAACAGAUACGUCACUUGAGUAAUUAAGUCUCGCUAUCUAACGGCCAUCAUGGUAGACUUUACAGUGAUACGUAGUGCAAACGCCGUAGUGUAAAGCUGCCUAAAGGCAAAGUGACUUUGUGCUAGUUUUAUAAAAAAAAUAGUGACAUUUUGUGCCAGUUAUAUUUUUUUAUGGCGUCUUAUAGGCGUGUUUAGGUUGUGCCAGUGACAUUCGAGUGUUGAAUUCAAAAUGGUGCGGUGUUCGAUAUUUGAACUGUUGGUGUUCCAACUGCUGGUGGCGUGGUGUGGCGGGAAGUAUGUCGCGAUACAGCCGCAGGUUGUCGGGAAUGUAGACAGCGAGGUCCAGGACAGUAUAAGAAACCUUCUACAUACUGGUAUCUACUCCCACCGUCACCUGGACCCCGCGCAGGCGCAAGUCGUGACACCUGUCAAAGUGACGCACGACGGCGCGCUCGUGUCGCACGAAGUUGAGCACGAACACGCACAUGGACACGCACGAGCACGGAGAGACCUGCACAUGCGCGAACAUGAGCUCCCGCACGAACUGCACUACAACCUCACUGUCGACGGGAAGGAGAUCCGCCUGGAUUUGCGGCCGUCAGUGACGUUCAUCACGCCAGCGAUGAUAGUGGAGCGGCACGGGGCGAGCGAGCGGACGCGCGACCGGCCCUUCGCGGGGGCCACGGCGUGCCACUACACCGGCACUGUGCGAGGCCAAGCGGCGUCCAGUGUGGCCCUCUCCGCCUGCGAUGGACUCGCGGGCCUAUUACGAACAGAAUAUGGAGAAUACUGGAUCGAACCUUCCAACCAACUAUCCACCGACAGCUCUGCACCACGACCUCACGUCAUCUUCAAAAGAUCAGCUGUUGACAAAGUCGCAGCGUAUCACAGAGCUAAAAGAUCAGUCGACAGAACAAAUACUAACAAUAACCUCAGCAAUAGAGAAAGAGAACUACAAAACAGAAGAUUACAAAACGAAUCAAGAAGAAACAGAACGCUUAAAGAGGCUAGAGAUAAAAGACGUAGGGAAUACAUAGAAGAAAGAAGGAGAAGAUUAGAGGCGAUGCGACGUAAUCCUACCGAAUAUAGAAGACAGCAAAUGAGGCUACGAAUGGAACAGAGGAGAGCGCAUUCGUUUUCGAAAAGUGUAUCGACAAGUAAUUCAGUGGAAGGAAGUUAUUCUCUGGAGCAACAAAAGCAUAUUCAGAAUAAUAGGAAUCGAAACAAAAUGAGUAACGAGCAUGGUCCGAGGAGGAUCAGGCCGAGGAGGAGGAGACGAAGACGAUCGGCGAAGAACUGCGCGACGAAACAACCGCCGUAUCAAUGGAGGGAUAAGAAUUUCAUAAGUCAAGAAACGGGAACGCAAAGGAGAAACAACAGAAAUAAUAAGAACCGCCGAAACCACUACCAGCUAUCGGAACCCGGAGAGUCCAGGCGGACACAGAGGUCUGUCAGCAAGCCCCGCCACGUUGAGGUGCUGCUAGUAGCUGACCAGUCCAUGUCCGCCUUCCACAACGAGACCAGCUUGGAGACCUACCUGCUCACUAUUAUGAACAUUGUAUCAUCGCUCUACAUGGACCCUUCCAUCGGCAACUACAUCAAAGUGGUCGUUGUCAAGAUCAUUCUGCUACAAGACGUCAAUGCAGCUGCUCUGGAGGUGACGACCAAUGCUGACUCGACCCUGUCUUCCUUCUGUCGCUGGCAACACCAACUGAACCCUGAGGAUGACGAAAAUCCUCACCACCACGAUGUCGCCAUCCUAGUCACCAGGCAAGACAUCUGCAGCCAGCACGACACUCCUUGUAGUACAUUAGGCGUGGCGCACGUAGCUGGCAUGUGCAAGCCAGACCGCAGCUGUUCAGUCAACGAAGAUAACGGCAUUAUGUUGGCACACACCAUCACACACGAGCUGGGGCACAAUUUCGGCCUAUACCACGACACGGAGAAGAUCGGGUGUCACCGGCGGGACGGCGCGACGCUGCACAUCAUGACGCCCGUGUUCGAGGCCGACACCGUGCAGGUCGCCUGGUCGCGCUGCAGCAAGCGAGACGUCACCAACUUCCUUGAUGCGGGUCUCGGCGAGUGUUUGAGCGACAAACCUUCGCAGGAAGAGUAUACCUACCCUGAAGUACCAGCUGGAGUGACAUUCGACGCAGCGACGCAAUGCCACCUGCAAUUCGGGUCGGAGGCCAUCGUCUGCGCGAAGCCAACUGAGCUGUGCGAGAUCCUAUGGUGCUCUGUUAACAAUACUUGCAAGACUAUGCUUCGUGCUGCCGCGCCUGGGACUACGUGCGGUCCUGAUAUGUGGUGUCAGAACCAGACCUGCGUGCCGCGCAGUCCGUCCCCCACCCCGGUGGACGGCGGAUGGGGCGAGUGGAGCGAGUGGAGCGAAUGUUCCCGGACUUGUGGAGCGGGCGUGUCCACGCAAGCGCGGGAGUGCAACAACCCGCCGCCCGAGAAUAAUGGCGCUUACUGCAUUGGCGAUAGGAGUCGGUACAAGGUGUGCAACACUGACCCGUGUCCGAUCAAUGAGCCGACGUUCAGAGAGGUGCAGUGCGCGAAGUAUAACAACAUCACCUACCACAACGAGACUAUCGCUGAUUGGAUACCGUACUUUGAUCAAGAUAAACCGUGCGAGUUGCAUUGUGUGCCCAGGAACGGCAACGACGUGGAGCUGGUGGACCGAGGGUUCGUGUCGGACGGUACUCCCUGCAGGCAGAGCAUCGGGAGCAGGGAUAUGUGCAUUGCAGGUGUGUGCUACCAUGUCGGGUGCGACUGGAUCGUGAACUCUAACGUGGAGGAGGACGCUUGCGGCGUGUGCGGCGGCGAUGGGUCCGCCUGCAAGACUGUGCAGGGCAUCUACUCCAAGGACACCACUAAGAAGACCGAGUUCAGCUUGGUGGCUGUGAUACCAGCUGGCUCCAGAAACGUCAAGAUCCAAGAGAAGGCGAGUCCUGGGAACUUCAUCUCCAUCAGAAGUGCGAGAACGAAGAAGAUGUAUCUCAACGGAGCGCAAAACGCAAUGCUGACAGAAUACUUCGUGGCUGGAUCUCAAGCGAUAUACGAGCGGGACCGCGACUGGGAGAAAGUACGGAUCUCAGGACCCAUUGCUGACGACAUCAAAGUUUAUCAACGAAUUAAAAGCGGCAAGCUUCGCAACCCCGGUGUGACGUACCAGUACACGGUAGACAGGCAGGGGCUGCGCCACCGCCGCUUCAGGUACAAGCUGACGCCGUGGUCGGCCUGCAACGCGACGUGCGGCGACGGAUACGUGUCGCGGCGGUACGAGUGCUUCGAUGAACAUGACCGGCAAGUGGAGCAGUCGCAGUGCUACCACAUGGAGCCGCCGCGCCACGAGGCGCUGCUGGCGCAGUGCCGCGCGCCGCCCUGCGCCGCGCCCGCGCCCUCGCCGCGCUCGCCGCGCACGCACUGGUGGGUCAGCUCCUGGAAACCCUGCUCCAAGCCCUGCCACAUGCCGGGCAAGGAAGCGACGAAACGGCGAAGCGUGUACUGCGUAGACAAGCUGACAAACAACGUGGUACAAGAAUACAACUGCGACACUGCCACUAAACCCAUCACGACGAUCAAAUGCGCAGACGUUCCCGCUUGCUAACGGACAAGAAAAAACAAGAAUAUUCUGGAAAAUUCUCGAAAUAAAAACUGCAACGAGCAGUGAACAAUUAAUAUUAUGAAAAAAAAAUCCAUCUCGGCGAGAAAUUGCUGAUGAAACGAAGUAAUUGUCUAAACAGACAGCGUACCGAUAACAGCAUAGCGUAAUGCGUAUAUCCCCAAAGGGAUAGGUAGAGGUGUGUAGUAUUACACACACUCCUCGGCAGCUAUGUUUAAGUCCCAUGCGUACCGACAAUGCAUUUUAUAAUGAAGAAAACGAUACGAUAUGCAUUUUUAUGCUGGUCACACUUGAUAACCACAUAGUGGAGAUCAUGAGUUAGCUAAACGAUUGCAUAAACAUGAUCGUUCUUUAUCGUAAUUUUACGAUUACUAAGUACUCAACUCUACUGCCUUUUUGGAAGAAUUUGUGUGUAAAUUGAAUUCGCGUGAGGACUCUAAGAGACAGUGAAUUUAUAAAAGUGGUGUGACUUGCUAGUGAAUGAACUUUAAAUUAAAUAACCCAUCGAUAGGCGUAAAUCGUAGUACUCGAAUAGAGUCACAUGCGUGACAUGCGAAUCUCGCGCUGCGGCGCGCGGCGUGGCCGGGUCACGCCACCUUAGUCGUAGAUGGCGUCAACACUGUAACACAUUCGAGCUAGCGGAUCCUAGCCCUUAAUAUACCUACAUGGCAGAAUAAACUUCAACACAGUUAUCAGGAGCAGAAAAAACAUUUAAAAAUGUUGCCAUGUGAAAAAAAUGCUUGGUGCUUCCGUUGGCCAACCUGUGUUAACUUGGCAGUUGUUUUGGCGCCAAUGAGUCGUAAAUUCCCUAAAUGUGAGCCAGAAUACGGAAGAAAUUGUUGUUUUAUUAAACGCUAGAUUUUGUGACAACAAUUAUGGCACUAACUGGGAAUAUAGGUGUGGCUCGUGACGACUUUAAUGUCCCAUUACCACUUACUGCCAUACUACGUAAGUUAGCAACAUAGUCCCCGCUUAGAUAUUAACUACUAAUACUUAUUAUAUUUUAUAUUGUAUAACAUCAGUAUUAAAAGUGGUGUAUGUAUUUCUUUUAAAGCAGAUUAUAGUAAUGUGGAAUCGUAAGUAGAUACUAUGAAAAUUUUGGACCAAAAAUAUUUUAGAAAAACAAAUUCACGAUGCCAUAAUCGCGUUACUGCCAAUAUGACACUUGUAUCAUAAGUAAAUUAAGUUUACCUUUAGGAUUUACUAAUAAUUUAUAGAGAAUUCAUAUUUUUAUACAAAUGAAUUUUUAACAUUAAUGUGUUACAUAUUUUGGGGGAACCAACAUUGUUUGAAAUGAAUCGCUAGUCAAUCUUAAGGCCCUUUUAGAACUAUCAAAUGUAACAAAUUAGUAAUAUUACAUUAAGUUUAGUUCCGUUGUGUCGUGUCGUAUUGUCUUACUAUGUUAACUGUCCGUUUCAACUAAUUUGUAUGUAUAAAAAUAUUGAAUUUCCUCACCUGUGCCUAUACUGCUGGAGCAAAUACCGAUAAUAUUUAUAUGGAUAUCUUUAAGUUUGUUUGUGCCCAAGCAUAAUUGUAACUAUAGAUUUAUUCACUUAUUUAUCCUUUGUCUGCCUAUGGACGCGUAUUAACUCGGUUUAAUAUUUUAUUAGCCAUCUCCUCAAGUGAAGGAGCGGUGCGACCGCACCGGGCGCCGUUUAGGGGGAGCCAAAAUCAGCCAAGACGGGACCACUCUGGCUGGCAGCCCCGGAUCUACAGGGGAGUAACUGGAUUGGGCACACCUGCCCUGUGAAUUAGACCUCUUAGCGGCCACAUAAAAGUCAUACAUUUUAAUGGGUGCCCGUAAACGACAUUUUUAAAAGAUUUAAUUAGGUGCCCGUAAACUAAUCGAAAAAAACUGUAUUUUGAAGGGCACUACUGUGAGGUGUCGCACCACCUAAAUAUUUUGCUAGGGCCGCUACUGCGGAGGAAUAUAUCGUAACGAAAUCCUCAUUCCUUAGAAAUGCAUUUCUGAGUAUCACUUCACCUGUACUGGGCUGGUUUUCCCUUCGCAUAUUAGGUCGGACAAGUCGCCUUUGUAAAAAACUGGACUUGUCAAAUCUGCAGGUUAGGUAAGCGCACCCUGUGAAAAACGGGACGCAAAGGAGGUGAUAAUCUCCUGUCGUUUUCGUUAUUCCAAAAUUAAAUUAUCAAGAAUCACAUCAACUGUAGCCAACUUCAUCGUCGACUUGACUUCACGUACUCUUAACCGAAGUCAAUACGCGCCCGGUCUAUAGGUUUAAUGUACUAAAAGUUCUGAUGUUUCCGUUCUAUGACUCAUCAGCAACAUGUCAAUCAAUUGAUACACAAUUUUAAUUCGGAACGAGCUUCGACUAACUUGUACGCGCGUAUUUUAUACAUAAACUGAACUAAUUUUUACAUUUGUAAGGAAAUUGAUGUAUUGAUUAUAAUUGUGUAUGUAAUUAGAUAUGGCAAUAAAAUUGUGCAUUGUUUUAUA